AAAAUUUAAAAAGAAGGCAAAAAAGAACGCAAAAUAACUUAAAGGAUAAAAGUAGAAAAAGAUAUAAAAAAUCUAAAUUUUAAACUUACAAAUUAAAAAAUAAAAUAUUACUCCAAAAUAAACGGAGAAGAAAAAAUCUGGUGGAAAAUGCUUUUUAUAGUUACGAGUUACGACAGAAAAAAAAUAGGAGUACUUAAUUACCACCGUUGGCUUGUCCAAAAUUCCCGGUAAAAUUAACCCAUAACAAAAUUUCUUACCCAGGAAAAUAAAUCAACAAACCCUUCCAAUUUUCAUUUUAACCAUCAUUCAUCAUCCCUAAUUUAUCUGCAAUUUUCUUUCAAUUGAUCAAUCAAUCAAUGAAUUCCGCCAUGGAUCUAAACCCUAAAAACUUCCCAAUCCUCUCCUACGUAAUGUCUCGUCUUCCAUCUUCAAUCUCAUCUUUUCGUUCUUCAUCGUCUCCAUCUUCGUCAACUGCUCACGACAUCGAACAACCUGCGUUUUCAUCAUCACCAUCAUCAUCAUCAUCGGAAACUUUCCAUGAUCCUCUUGUUGAAAGCAUGCCAUAUCUCAAAGAUCCUGAAGUUAUGGCAGCUAUGCGUGAAGCUGUUUCCGAGAUCUCUCAAACUCGCUCCAUUCUUCAAGUUCUUGGUGAACGUCCUGAUCAUGAAUCUAUUGAUAUUUCGAAAUCGAAGCUCAAAGAAAUUGAAUCGAUUCUUGCUUCGCAGCUUGAGGAGGUCGCGCUUUCUUCUAAACUGGAUGAUGGUGAUAAGGAAAGGGAGAAAUUGGAGAGGGAGAAAGCGAUGUAUAAGGCUGUUAUUCAACUUGAUGAAAUGCACGAUGCGUAUGAGAAGGUGUUGAGGAAUGCUGAAGAGAAAUUAAUGAAGGUUUAUGAUUCUGCUGUUAGAGAGAAGACAGAAGGAGCUGUUGAAGAUGAGCACGGUGAAAUGGUUGAGGAAGUUAAUGAAGAAGUUGUUGCGGUUUUGAAGGAUGAGAAUGUUGAGCAGGUUGAUUUGUCUGGGAGAAAAUUAAGAAUUCUUCCUGAAGCUUUUGGAAAACUUCGUCAUCUUGUUGUUCUAAAUUUGUCCAGCAAUCAACUCCAGUUUAUCCCUGACUCGAUAGCUGGAAUGGAAAUCCUUGAAGAGUUGAAUCUGUCCUCCAAUACUCUGCAAUCACUGCCAGACUCCAUUGGCCUGCUGCAUAACUUGAAGAUCCUCAAUGUUUCUGGCAACAAGCUGACUGCCCUUCCUGACAGCAUCUGUCACUGCAAGUCGCUGGUGGAGUUGGAUGCAAGUUUCAAUAACCUCGCAUACUUACCAACUAACUUAGGUUUGGAGUUGGUUAACUUGAAAAAACUUCUAGUUCAGUACAACAAGAUCCGCUCUCUUCCUACAUCCGUUGGAGAAAUGAAAUCUCUGCAACACCUGGAUCUGCACUUCAAUGAGCUUCACGGACUUCCUUUCACAAUAGCAAAACUUAAGAAUCUUCUGACCUUAAAUCUGAGCGGUAAUUUUAGUGACUUGAAGGAACUACCUGAGACAUUCAGCGAAUUAGAAAAUCUAGAGGAACUAGACUUGAGCAACAACCAGAUUCAUGCACUUCCCGAUACAUUUGGCAGGCUAGAGAAAUUGAGGAAGAUCAAUUUGGAUCAAAACCCGAUUGUCAUUCCUCCCGUUGAGGUUGUGAAUGCUGGGGUUGAAGCAGUGAAGAGUUUCAUGGUGAAGAGAUAUAAUGAUCUCUUAUUGGAGGAAGAAGAAAGACAAAAGCAACAGAUGCAAGCAGAACAAGAGACUGGAUGGCUAAAACGAAGUGUUUCUAAGAUUAAUGAUGUUGUUACAAAAGCUUCCGAAUAUCUUGGAACUCCUCGAAGUCCUCGUGACCCUUGCCUUGAUCAGCAGCUAUGAUCAAUGUACGAUGAUUUCACCCCUUUUUCUCAAUUGCUUUCUUCUGGUGUUUCUAAUGAUCUUCAAGCUAUAAGUAUGUAGUCACUCUGCUCAGUUCUAUGCCCUUGCCCCACCUCAUUUCUGUUUCAUAAAAAGGCUGAUGUGGGCAGCUAUUCAGUUGUCAAUGAUAGGUUGCCCGUUUUCUCUAUAUUUAAUCCUUCCAAAUGAUUAUUGAUUUUGUUAGCUUACUUAAUUCUCCUCCAAUUGUCGUCUUUUUGACUUUGUAAUAUUGGAUCCAAAUCAAAUGCUGCAAAUUCAAAGGGACGGAGGAAUAUAGUUAAAUAAUUA